AUGACCGAAUCAAAUUCGCAUCCACCACCUCAAACCGCGGCAUCGCCCUCCCCUCCCCCGCCAGCGCCUAUCUCCCAGACGCCUGGCCCUCGCGCCUCGCGCCUGCACCAAGUCUUUGACCAGGCCCUGGCGCGUACCCUGCGCGCAAACUCAUAUGCCAACUUUGCCAGCUGUUUUCCCACGCCGGCGCGACAUGUCCCCGCCAGCCUGGAGAGUGUGUGGCGGCAACUCAACGCGAAGCUGGAGGAGAGUGCCAGGGCAGAGUUCGAUGAAAUAAUCGCGGAGAGGAAGGCUGUCAAGCACUUGAAUGAAUUGGACCGCCUAGUCGGAGAGGCAAAAGCGAGAAAGGACCACGAGGGAGAGAAUGGAGAUGAGGGACAACGAAAAACUGCUCCGCACACUCUCGGCGCCGAAGAUCUGUACAAAGCCCACCUUACGCCAUAUCUCCAGGAAGCGCAGUCAACGCUGAACGAUAGACUUCAGGUUACGCAUGCACAAAACGCAGAGCUGGCACAGACCGUGCAGGCACAAAGACUGGAAAUCGAGAAGCUGCUUUCCCACGUCGAGUCGGUCGUCGCGGACCUCGAGGGCGCUGCCACGGCCGCUACCCAGUUUAGCAAAGAGCACCAUCUUCGUCAAGACGCGGUCCAGAUGGAUAAAGAGGUCAACGCGCAGCCGGGUCUUUAG